UAUCAUGACAUCAUGUCUUGCCACCCAGAAAACUUUCAGUGGGAGCACUGGAGUUUUGAAAAUGUUGCUACCAUACUUGCUCGCCGGUUCCCUAAUAGCUUUAUUUGGGUUGUAAAGUGUUCUCGAAUGCACCUGCACAAAUUCAGUUGUUAUGACAACUUUGUGGCAAGCAACAUGUUUGGAGCACCAGAGCACAGCACUGACUUUGGAGCUUUCAAGCAUCUCCAUGCAUUGCUAGUUAAUGCAUUCAGACUCUCUCAGAAUAUUCUGGUGUCCCAGAAAAUUGUGCAUGGUGUCAGCAAGGAUGCAAAAAUAGCUGCUUGUAAAUUACAGCCGCAGUCUGUUCCUACAACGAAUGGCUGCUCAUCCACAGAAGGAGAGAGAGAUUGUGAAUGCUCUAAUAAUUCUGCUAUGAACUUCAUUAUACCAUCUGCUGUAGGUGCAGUGUCGUUUACUUUGAUUGGCUUCAGUAAAGGUUGUGUGGUUUUGAACCAGCUGCUUUAUGAGCUGAAGGAAGCUAAAAAAGACAAGAAUACAAAUGCCUUCUUAAAAAACAUAAAAGCAAUUUACUGGUUGGAUGGUGGUCACUCGGGAGGAAGCAAUACUUGGGUUACUUACCCUGAAGUGCUGAAAGAACUUGCACAGACAGGAAUUGAAGUUCAUGCUCAUGUUACACCGUACCAAGUGUUUGACACAAUGAGGUCAUGGAUUGGGAGAGAGCAUGAGAAAUUUGUGCAGAUACUUGAAGAAUUUGGUGUGGAAAUAAAUGAUCAACUACAUUUUGCUGAUGAUGUUCCCUCCUUAGAUAACCAUUUCAGAGUUCAUGAAGUAUUUUGAGACUGUAUGUACCUGAACAGUAUAUUCAUUGUAAAAGCACUUUUGACACUGUAAAUGUUGUCAUCUUAGAUUUACAACUUUGAGCAGAUGCUUUCUGAAGAGAAUACUAAAUCAGUCCUGACUAAAUGUGUCGCUGAUAGAUACUAUAUAUAAAUUUCAGUAGCUUAAAAAGGAGGAUUGGGACCCCAUACCUAUAACAGAUGUUGUCAUGUGAUUCCU